AUCUCCAACUACGCCGAGCUUGCCAUGUGGGCGGGGGCUCGCGAAUGCACUACGCGCGACCAAUUCUUCGGCCAUAGUGAGGUGUACGACGCAGCACACGAUCUAGCCGAGUUCAAGGCAAGGCCGGCCGAUUUUCGCUACGAGCUGAUCGUUCUGAAGUGUUUCACGUACGGUGACAAUGACGAGGCAAUGGGUAUACACAGAGGUGGCUGGACACUCGUGGACUUGGGCACGUAUGCUGUGCACCAUGCACGCGGGGCGUUUCAGCACAAAUUCAUCCCCUGGGCGUACAUGUUUGUCCGAUCUGAG